AUGGGGAUCGAGGAGGAGCGAUCGGGCGAUUCCCUCGCGAGCGACGAGGAGAAUGAAGAGAAAUCGACGAUGCGAGUAGACGGAGGAGAAGAGAAAGCUGGUCAAGGUGACGGAGGGGACGUACACGCAGCAUUAGACGCAGGGACGGACGAAUCGCGCGUAUCUGCGAGUGAGGAGAGCGGGAAUGAGGGAAACCAGGCCGAGACCGGGGGGGAGGCGGAAGGUCCGGGUGACCGCGGGGAUGACGCGGAGGAGGCUGCUGCGCCUGCUGCUGCCGUGGCGGGUGGUGGGGACGCGGAAGCGGAAGCGGAGGCUGAAGCGGAAGCGGGGGCGGAGGCGGAGGCGGAGGAGGUGGUGGCUGUGGUGGUGGAGGAAGCGGAGGGUGCGGAUGAGAAAGGGGAUGGGGAAGAGGAGGGGGGAGAGGGGGAAGAGCAGGCGGAGGAGCCGGCGGCGGAGGAGGAAGAUGGGGAGGACGAGGACGAAGAGGAGGAUGAGGAUGAGGAUGAGGAGGAGGGAGAGGAGGAAGAGGGGGCAUCCGAUGGAGGGAAGUCGGAAGGAGCGACCGCGCCGGGCCGCCGCGCCGCUCCGCGCAUGAGCCGCGAGGCGCGGAGUAUCUACGAGCGGAUCCGCGCGCGCCCGUGCCGCGUUGCGCGCGUGAUCAUCGCGGGGAACAAGCGCACGAAAGCGGCAAUCAUCUCCCGCAUCAUGGCGGGCGCGCUGGCGGAACUGGCGGAAGCGCAACCGGCGGAAGCGGAAGCGGAAGCGACGGGCGGAAGCUUCGAGGAUCUGCAGUCGGCGCUGCUGCGCGCCAAUCGGGCGCUGCGCGGGCUGGGGGUGUUCGAAGAUGUGACUAUAGUGGUGGACGCGCUCCCCGGGGACCCGCCUGGCACGGCAAUGGUUGUGAUUAACGUGAAGGAAGAUAGCGUGCUUGCCGCUAACGUCGGCACGUACCUGCAGAGGGACGGCCGCACCAGUGAGGCGCGCAUAACCCUCAAGAACCUCCUCGGGUAUGCCGAGUCGCUCGACGUCUCUCUCGGCCGUGACCUGGGUCACUCGCUGCUCUCCGCUGUGCGAUACAUCUACAGCAUCGACAAGAGGGAUUCCCAGGUCCGCCCUAGGACGGGGUAUGCGAUGCGCGCCACAACAGAGCUGGCAGGGCUGGGCACAGACCCCAAGCUCGUCAGCUUCUUGCGCCAGGAGCUGGAGCUAGCAACGGCCCUGCCUCUCCCCAUCGCCAACGCCGCCUUCACCUCCUCGUUCCGCAUCGGCGCCCUCCUCCCCUGGUCCCUCUCCUCCCUCUCCUCUCUCCCCGCCCUCCCCUCCCUCCCGGCCCUAUCACGUUCCUCUCAACCACCCCCCCCUUCUGCCACCUCCGCCGCCUCCCCCGCUCCCUCCUCCCCCCCAUCCCCCCCACACUCCCUCAUCAACGACCGGUUCUUUCUCGGAGGCCCCUCCUCUCUCCGGGGCUUCCAAGACCAUGCAGUGGGCCCCACCGCUCCCCGCCCGGCCCCCUCCCGCGCGCGCGACUUCCUGGGCGGCGACCUCUCUCUCUCUGCUACAACUGCUCUCUCGUUUGAUUUGCCGUUCCUGAAGCCGCUACAGCAGGUGGGCGUGCACGGGCACGUGUUUGCGUCGGCCGGUGCGCUGCUGCCGCUGCAGAGUGUUUCCGGUGCUGCGGGCAGGGCGUGGGGAGGGGGGAGUGUGGGAGGGGAAGGAGGAGGGGCAGCGGGAGGAGUGGCUGGAGGAGGAGUGGGGAGUGUGGUGGGUAGGGUGGUGGAGGUGUCUCGAUCGGUGGGCAGGGAGGUGCUUGAUGCUAUGAGGUGCACGGCAGGAGUGGGGCUAGUGUGGCCCACACUCAUCGGUCGGCUGGAGGUGAGUGGAGUUGGGUUGUGA